CAUUCGAGCAGUCGCGCGCCGGCCUCUCACCGCGCAACAUUCCGUUCCUCUUCGCCGAGGACGCACGCCACGAAAACGAACGGCAGCAACUCGCACGCACGCACGCACGCAACAUACAUGUACGUUUUCCCUCGCCACACGUUUUCCCAUCUCUAACGAGCAAGCGAGAUUUUCCGCACUGGUCGACACACGGCGAGACACCGCGCCGAACAUCUACGCCGAUCUCGCGCGAGGGUAAUGCGAAGCGCGCGGAACCAAAUCGGCUGCGUGGGAAAUCAAUCCGCGAUGGACCGAUGAGACGACAGGAGACGGCCGCGUGACAUGAGAGAACGGCUGCCAAAAUGAUGAGGAGGAGCGGCACGAAUGGACGAGGAGUCGGCGACAACGGCAAAGGAGCGCUGGUUCUGCUCCUCGUCGCAUUGACUCCUGUUAUCUGCUCCGCCGGAAUCCUGGACCCUUGGCAGUGGGCGCGCAGCGAUCGGAUCGAAGUCAACAUACCUUGGCUGCCUUUCGAGAACGAGACGCGCUGCUACGACGAACUGGGCUGCCUGAACAUCACCAGGAGCUGGUAUCAUCUCAUUCAUCGACCGCUUAACGUUUUCCCGUUACCGCGAGAAGUCAUCAACACCAGAUUCAUCCUCUACACGAAUCAGAAUCCCCUGGACGGUCAAAUAUUAAAAGUGGCCAAGGAUAAAUCCAUUGAAAAUUCCAACUUCAAUCCUAAACGAAAAACCAAAUUCAUUAUACAUGGCUUUAUAGACACUCCGCUCAGCAACUGGGUUAAGGAGAUGAGGAGCGAGCUGCUGGUGCACGGCGACUACAACGUCAUCGUGGUCGACUGGGCAGGUGGGAGUCUACCCUUGUACACCCAGGCGACGGCAAACACGAGACUGGUUGGACUGGAAUUAGCUCAUCUCAUCAAGCAUUUGCAAACAAACUACGGCAUGGAUCCGAACGACGUGCACUUGAUCGGGCACAGCCUCGGUGCUCACACGGCCGGUUACGCGGGCGAAAAAUUGGGCGGUAAUAUUGGGCGCAUCACCGGGUUGGAUCCCGCGGAACCGUACUUCCAAGGAAUGCCGAGCCACCUUCGCCUAGAUUACACGGACGCCCGGCUGGUAGACGUGAUUCACACCGAUGGAAAGAGCAUAUUUUUCUUAGGCCUUCCAGGGUACGGGAUGAGCCAGCCCUGCGGGCACCUGGACUUCUACCCGAACAACGGCAAGGAGCAGCCGGGCUGCACGGACCUGAGCGAGACCACGCCGUCGCUGCCGCUCACUCUGAUACGCGAAGGCCUCGAGGAAGCCUCGCGCGUCCUGGUCGCUUGCAACCACGUACGCGCGCUCAAGCUCUUCAUCGAGAGUAUCAACUCCAAGUGCCAAUACGUGGCGCACGAGUGCUCGAGCUACGCGAGCUUCCUGCGGGGCGAGUGUUUCUCCUGCAAGAGCAACAACAGCCUGAGCUGCGGCGUGAUGGGCUAUCACGCGGACACCAGCCCGGCGCUGGUGAAACGCCAAGCCAUGGGACAGGACGUCUCGUCCUUGCUGGGCUCGAAGUUCUUCUUCAUGACUGGCAAGGAGGACCCAUAUUGCAGAAGACAUUACAGAAUCACCAUCAAUCUCGCCCGACCGCCAACAGCGGAGAGUUGGGUGCAAGGUUUCAUGAAAGUUACUCUCCACGCCGAUAAAGGCGUGAUACGCAACAUGGAUCUCACGCCCAGCGGCUACAUGAAACUGGAACACGGGUCGACCGCGCGGAUGGUCGUGGCCCAUCCGACCGGUUCCAUCGGCAACAUCGGCAAGAUUAGGCGGGUCGAGCUUUCCUGGGUCUACGAUAUGGACGUGCUGCAGCCCAGGUCUCUGUGCUUCUUCUGGUGUAACGAUCGUCUGUACGUCAACAGCGUCAAGGUGGACGCUAUGGACCUUCCGGGCAGAGGAAAACGGGAGGCGGAUUUCUCCAGCAAACUCUGCUCGGCCGGCAGGCAGGAAUAUGCGGAGAUCGCAAGCGGAUCCACCGCCACAUUCGUCGACAAUUGUUGACGAUCCGUUCCGCGGCGGGAAAUCGCAUCUUUCGGCUGCGUCGUAUAAUUAUAAAUAGUCUAGCAGCUGCCUCCAUUCAAAGGCGGUUCUCGAAAGUCAGAUGACGACGACGAUAAUGAUGAUGAAACGAAACGAGAGAAUCCAACGUAAUUUCUUUCGCGAGCGAUAUGCGCGGUGCGAGAGACGUUUUAUGCAUUUUGACUCUCUUUCUCUAUUUAUCGCGACCGAUCUACCGCUUUCUUCGAACGCGGUCUAGCGCGACACGAGCUACGAAUUAACUCUUGCAUGAGGCCGAGGACGAGACGAUCUGACGCAAUUCGCCGCUUUAUGACACGCCUACAAUCAUCGAGUUCCUAGAGAUGUCUGUUCCGUCGGCGAAGAUUAAAUCCUAAUAAUCGCGUCUGAUAAAUUGAGACGUGGCUAGACAUUGCAAAAGCAUUCGUAGGAAGUGAGGUUUUUCUGGCGAACAGAUGUCUAGAUAAAUCAGACGAGCAACGAGCGUGCUUCUGACGGAAAAGUCUAAUAUUUCUAUGCUAUGCUUUUUUUCUUUUUCGGUAACGAUUUUUUUCAGUAUUAGUAUUGAUCAAUUAUUAUGUACAUGUUGUAUAUAACAGUAGACGUAACGCAUUAAAAUUAAUUUCUUACGGAUGUGAUUAUUGCUAGAGAGUCUUCAGUGAUCGUUAACGUAAGGCUCCUAUUAAGCCGUCGAUCUAUGUAUUAUUACUGGGUUCGGCAAAGCAAAUCUGAGACGUUGGAGUGGUCUUACCUCACUCCAUCUUUGUUCAAUUUCAAUGAAUAACAAAGACAGAAUGUGUCAACAAAGCCUCCAGACGUCUCAGAUUUGCUUUGCCAAACGCACCCUAUGUAUGUACAUCGAUUUACAUUUAUUCUUUCUUUGUAUGACGAUAUGGAUUAUCAUAUUGUCUCUUGCGAUACUAAUAUGAUGAUAGGUUGUGAUAUUCUCUUAUAACUUAAGAAAACCAUGAAAAAAAAAAUUGCGCAAAAUGCGGUGAUUCAAAGACGACAAACUAUACUGCUAUUUGCUCAUAGUCUUUAUAAAUAAAGUGUACAAAACAUGUAAUGAAAAGGCAAUUUUUGUUCGUGAGUAGGAGUAUUCUGAGCUAUUUUUUUAUAUCUGUAUAGAUUGUUGCAUUGUAAAAUAAAGUUUAUUAGUUAUAA